AUGGGUCGCAAGAACUUUCGCGGCGGUCGCAAAGGCGGUGGUAACAACCGAGGACCCCGCGGUGGAGGAGGCGGUGGUGGAGGAGACGAUCGCGCGCCCUCAUGGCGUUCCUACCCAGACGCUGCCAAGCAGCACGAGAAGCUCGAGAGGUACUACAACACCAUCCUGCCCCUCGACGACGACGAGAGAAAGCUCUUCUGGGAGGCGCUCAAGAAGGAGCUGCCCAACUCGUUCCGAUUCUGCGGUUCCAAGGGCCACGCCCUGGCCGUCAAGCGACUCCUGGAAGAGCGCUAUGUCCCCGAGAUCACCAAGAUCGAGCGCUUCGACGGCGAGCCUGUCGAGCCUCCCAAGGCCGUCGCCUGGUACCCUGACCAGCUCGCCUACUCCAUGAACACCCCGAAGCACGUCAUCCGCAAGUUCCCUCCCUUCGCCGCUUUCCAGAAGUUCCUGGUCUCCGAGACGAGCGUCGGCAACAUCAGCAGACAGGAGAUUGUCAGCAUGAUCCCGCCCCUGCUGAUGGACGUCAAGCCCGGCCACAAGGUUCUGGACAUGUGCGCCGCGCCCGGGAGCAAGUCCGCUCAGCUGGUCGAGAUGAUCCACAUGGGCGAGGAGUCCAGGAUCCAACAGGUGCUGCAGUCCUUUGGCGAGAACAAGGCCGAGCCCUCCGGAGACGAUGCCGCAGAUCUCGCAGCCGACCCAUCCGACGACGGAAGGGCCACCGGCCUCUUGGUCGCCAACGACGCCGAGUACAAGCGCUGUCACAUGCUUACACAUCAGCUCAAGCGACUUUCCUCCCCGAACAUUCUUGUCACCAACCACGAUGCGACCCUUUUCCCUUCCAUCAAGGUCAAGAGGGACCCCAAAGACCCGGAGAAGAACCAUUACCUGAAAUUCGACCGGAUCCUCGCCGACGUCCCUUGCUCUGGCGACGGUACCAUGAGGAAGAACAUGAACCUCUGGAAGGAUUGGCAGCCAGGCAACGCCCUAGGCCUUCACAUCACACAGAUCCGCAUCCUAGUGCGUGCUCUUCAGUUGCUGAAGGUCGGUGGCAGGAUUGUCUACUCCACUUGCAGCAUGAACCCGGUCGAGAACGAGGCAGUCAUCGUGUCUGCAAUCGAACGGUGUGGAGGACCCGACAAGGUCGAUAUCAUUGAUUGCAGUGACAGGCUCCCAGGACUUCAGCGCAAGCCCGGCAUGCACCAAUGGCAGAUCAUGGAUAAGGGUGGUCGUAUUUGGAACAGCUGGGAGGAAGUACAGCAGCACAUGGCAACCCAGGAUGAUGGUGCCAUCCCUGGCAAGGUUGCGCAGACCAUGUUCCCCAGACCUGACGACAGUGACUGCUCGGGCUUGCCACUAGACCGAUGCAUGCGUGUCUACGCACACCAGCAGGACACCGGCGGUUUCUUCAUCACAGUUCUUGAGAAGAAGGCCGAAAUCAAGGCCAAACCUGAGGCACAGCCGCAGCAAAAGACAGACAAAGCCACCAACGGCGCCAACAAGGAAGUCGCAGAGGAAGUUGCCGCCAAGUUGGAGGUCGAGGAGGAGAAGGCUGCCGAUGGCGAGCCUACGGAUGUCAUUCCGACGAACGGCGUCAAGAGAACCAGGGAGGAGGGUGAUGCUGACGGAGAACAAGACACGAAGAAGGCUAAGACUGAGGCGGUAGCUGACAAAGUCGACGAGGUGAUGUCAGAGGCAGCACCUGCUGCCGAGACAGAAGCCAUCGUAACAGAGCCAACAUCGGAGGUCGCAACUCCCAGCGAGAACACCGCCGUACCUGCUCAGCAGAAGAAACCUCUAAAGCCGGGAAGAAACUCAGAUGGGUCAUACGAGGAGCCUUUCAAAUACCUGGCAGAGGACCACGACGUUUUGAGCAAUAUCCGCCAGUUUUACAAGGUUUCGGACCGUUUCCCCAAGGACCGUUACAUGGUGCGGAACGCAGCAGGCGAACCCGCGAAGGCGAUAUAUUACACCAGUGCUCUGAUCAGAGACAUCUUGGUGGAGAACGAGGGACGUGGCAUUAAGUUUGUCCAUGCCGGUGUGAAGAUGUUCAUGAAGCAAGACGCCCCGUCUGCCGAUAUCUGCCGAUGGCGCAUUCAGUCCGAGGGCAUGCACAUGAUUGAAGGCUACGUCGGCUCUGACCGUGUCAUCCGCUUGACGAACAAGGAGACCUUCCACAAACUUCUGAGGGAGAUGUUCCCCAGGUUCUCAGACAAUGACUGGGUUAAGCUCAACGAGAUUGGCGAGCAAGCCCGUGACAUCGGCAUGGGCUGUUGUGUACUCAGAGUCGAGCCCGACGGCACGGACCCAGACUUCAAGGAGCGAAUCGUCCUGCCUCUGUGGAAGAGCUACAUGUCGCUGAACCUGAUGCUACCCAAGGAGGACAGGUCCGCCAUGUUGCUGCGUGUUUUCAAUGACACGACGCCCGUCAUCAACCAGUCGCUCAAGGAGUCUGCCAAGAAAGAGGCCGAAGCCGAAGCAAAGGACCAGGACGCUGUGACGGAAGGCAAGGAGGGAGAGGAUGGUGAGCCGGCGGCAUCUGAGACGAAGGAAGAGGAGCCCGUGGGAGCUUAG